AUGAAUGGAUCAGAUCCGCCCCAGGAUCAGUAUGGUACUGAUCCUCGCACUGCAUCCAGAAGUAGAAAGAGAGCAAUGUCUCUUCCAGCGGCAUUGCAUUUCAAUCAAGAAAUUGCGCAAUAUUCAAAACAAAAAAUGUACGAUCAAGCCUGCGAAGUCUUUGAAAAGAUGAUACAAAGUGGUGUUCAACCCGAUGUUGUUACAUACAAUACGAUGAUCAACGUUUUAGUAAAAAGUCAAAGAUCUACAUCGUAUUUAUAUUCUGUUUAUUAA